AUGUCUUUCCAAGAUCGUCUUGCAAAUCAAGAUGCAGUUCAGUUGCUGCUUGCUGGGACAUCUAUCUCACUGGUCACUGCGUCUGUGAAGGGUGGCACCGUGUGGAACUUUCCACUGCUGCUCUUUGGACUCGUGGCUCAUGAGAUGCCUAGCUCGACUCUACUCACCCGGCAGUUCCUCAACCUCAUCCUUGUCUCUGCCGUUUUUGACAUCUUUCAUAUCUUGUCUGUGAAUUUUGGAUUCUCUGGGAUCCUCAAUAUCAUCGUGAUGAUACUCAAGGCGCCUAUAUUCUUCACAUGUCUGAAUCAAUUGAGAGAACGUGGAGGGGAUCUACAGUUCGGUCCUCCUAGCUUUCAAGGAUUGGGAGGAGCAUCGCAGAAUUGGAGCAUGCCUGGAAGCUUUGGAGCUGGACCUAGAUCCUCCCAUCAACCACCUUCCACUACUACAUCUGCACCUCCUCCCGGUGCUUUCCCUUCGUCCGGUGGAUUCAGACUUGGAGGUGAUGAGGAUGAUGUAGAGGAAGGCGGGGCACCACAAGGAGGUCAAGGCGCCGGACAAGGUGGAAACACACAGGGUCAUACGCCUUCUGGUCCUGCUCCUGGACGUAAUGGGUACCAGAGCAUUGCGUGA